AUGUCUCAGCGCAUUAUAAAGAAAUUGUUUUCUAACUCAACACUCACUGCACCGAAAAGGGAUGUAUUUGUUGCUGGAAUUGAUACUUCAGUAUCAAUUAUUGAUUGGGCUAUGUCAGAAUUGAUGAAAAACCCAAAAGUUAGGGAGAAGGCACAAGCUGAGGUGAGACAAGCAUUUAAAGGAAAAAGAAUAAUUCAUGAAUCUGAUGUAGAGGAACUGAGUUAUUUAAAGUUGGUGUACAAAGAGACAUUGAGGCUACACCCUCCUGCACCUUUGUUGCUUCCUAGAGAAUGCUCUGAACUAACCAUCAUUGAUGGGUAUGAAAUACCUGUGAAGACCAAAAUCAUGGUAAAUGUAUGGGCAAUGGGAAGAGAUCCGCAAUAUUGGGAUGAUGCUGAGAAGUUUAUACCAGAAAGGUUCGAUGGUAGUUCUAUCGAUUUCAAAGGGAAUAACUUUGAAUAUCUUCCCUUUGGGGCAGGAAGGAGAAUGUGCCCGGGCAUGGCUUUUGGUUUAUCCUUAAUUAUGCUUCCUUUGGCUCUUCUACUUUAUCAUUUCAACUGGGAACUUCCAAAUGGGAUGAAACCUGAGGAUGUUGAUAUUGUUGAAAACUUCGGAUUGGCAAUUAGAAGGAGAAGUAACUCGUAUUUGAUUCCUACCGUUUAUGAUUUAGUGUCCUCCUGUAAUAUUAAGCUCAUUCAGGGGAGUACUGUUUCAUGA